AGGCUGUCAGGAGAGCUCGAGCAGUGGUCGCAGAGGACGCUGGAUGAGUUGAAGUGGAUAUCAAACCUGUACAAGUACGAGAACAAGGUGUACAGCCAGAAUGGGGAGGAUGGGGUGCUGAAGGAGGUUUUCUCUUUCCUGGGAUCAACGAACAAGUUUGCGGUUGAGUUUGGGUGUGAGGACGGUUCUGAGAUCAACACGAGGAUGCUGUGGGAGGAGCAAGGAUGGAGAGCUGUACUUCUCGACGGAGGGCACGAGAACACAUCCUUGCAUGCAAACGCUUCUCUGUUGAAGUGUUUCAUCACCAAGGAAAACAUCGUGGAGACGCUGAUAUCCCAGGGCGUUCCGAGACGCUUUGAUUUGCUUAGCAUCGACAUCGACUACAACGACUUCUGGGUACUUGACAGCCUCUUGAACUCCUUCUCUCCCCGUGUUGUGAUCGCAGAGGUCAACAGAAACUUCGAGUCCUCCGAGAGCUUCACGGUCCCCUACGACGCUGACAUGCACUGGACAGGAAGUCGCUUGGCAGGGUUUCCUCAUGGCACCUGCUACUACGGCAUGAGCGCCAGGGCCCUUGACAACCUAGCGAGGUUCCACGGGUACAGGAUGAUCUACAUGUUCGCCGAUGCCAUCAAUGCCAUAAUCGUCCGAAACGACCUGCUAAGUGAG